CACGAUUACACAUAGAUAUACACGCAUACACGCAUGCAUACGAAGAAAGGCAUGUACACACAAAUAUAUAGGCAUAGUCAUACUCAGCAAUUAAACCUGCACAUCUAGACCUAAUUACACCCGAACAUUUUAUAUUGGUCGACGCAAGAAAACAUAGUCCACUUCACAUAUCCAGCAACUUGCGCGUUCAAUCAAACCCACACCAAAGGAACGUCAUACAGUUCAUUGCUUCACAUACACAUACGCAACCAUGUCUCUGGCCGAUGAGCUAUUAGCCGACUUUGAAAGUGACGAAUUUGAUGGCGACGAUGCAGAAGAUCCCGUAGACGAUAAACACAACGUGAAAGCACACGCUGAAAAUGGCGUCGAGACGGGGCUAAACUGGGACGAUAUGGAUGGCGAGGGGGGGUUUGAGGCGUUUGGAGAUAUGUUAGAAGAGGGAGGGAAUGUGAAAGGAGAAGGGGGUGUAGUAUUGGGCCUAGAUUCACCGCGGAAAGUAGCGCGAUUGCUGGAUUCAACUAAAUUUAAAGAUAUUAUGCGGGAAGUACGUGAAUUCAUGUUGAAGGAACGAGGUGCGGUGGUUGGCAGUGUGGAGAUGGACCCGGAAUAUCAGCUAAUUGUGAAGGCAAAUAAGAUGACUGUGGAUAUAGAUGGGGAUAUCCAGGUGCUACACAAAUAUGUCAGGGAUAUUUACUCUAAACGCUUCCCUGAGUUAGAACAGCUCGUGCACCAGCCCAUGGAGUACAUGCGCACAGUGCAGAUGAUAGGCAACGACCUGGACAUCGCCAAGAAAGACCUGGCGUCCAUACUUCCAGGGCCCAGUGUUAUGAUUGUCACCGUCUCCGCGGCGAAUAGGUGA